GUUGCAGUGAAAAUUGACAACAAAAAUGAUCAGUUAAGUUGAUUUUGAGCUUUGAUUUUGAAGAAAUUUCAGAUAAAUAAGUGAUUGUUGUGUCAUGUAAAUUCAGUGCAUGUCAGUGAAAUAAAAUGACGGUGGUGUUUAAAUGUGCGUCAGGCCUUCUUGUUGACCACAAGCGAUCAUUAACUAUUAGUUGUGGUGAAUUAUCUUACAAGUGCGUGGAAAAUUUAUUCGAUAUUCGAACACCAUAUCAAGAAAAAUUUCAUCAGAAUAUAAAAUGCUUAGACAGCUUGAAUUCAGAUAAAAACAUUACAUUGUCUAAGAAACGUCGUAAAAGAAAACUACCUGAGAAUUCAGGAGAACUAGCUGCUUUAGCACAUCAUUCAAUGGUACGAGACAGAAUUAUUUCUGCAGUGAAAAAUUUAUCAGAGUUUAAUGAAUGGAGCUUAUUCUUCAGUUUAAAUCUCUCCAAAAAUAAUGACAGUGAGCUUAAUCAGUGCUUAGAUAUUGAAAUACAGAAUAAAUGGUUACAGGCAUCACAACAUAACAAUGACCUGCUGGAGCUUGUCAGUGGAAAAGUUAUACAUGUUGAAAAAACUAUUUUGUACCCAGCCAAUAACGUUUCAUAUGAAUCAACUGCAAUAGUAAAUAGAAUGGUGGAAAAUAAAGAAGAUGAUGGAUUAGUAAUAUCUGUGGAUGAAACAUCUUAUUUAAUACCUCCAGGGAGCAAAUUCAUGUUAUCUGAUUUCACAUAUUUUUGCAAAAGCUUUUUAAAUUCAGUAGGAACGAAAAAGUUCAAUAUGAUUGUAAUUGACCCCCCCUGGGAAAACAAGUCAGUGAAACGAGGAGCAAAAUAUUGCUCUCUUCCUCAUUGGGAAAUUAAAAAAAUUCCAGUUCCUGAGUUGGCUUGUGAUCAGGCAUUAGUAGCAGUUUGGGUGACAAAUAAACAGAAAUAUCGAAAAUUUAUUAUUGAAGAUGUUUUUGCCAAUUGGUCAUGCAAUCUGAUAGGAGAAUGGCACUGGAUAAAGUUAACCAAUCAAGGAAAAAUGGUGAUGAAUAUCGAUUCUUUACACAAAAAACCUUAUGAGCCGUUGAUUCUUGGAAAGUUUCAAGCUCCUCACUCUUGUCAUGUUGCACAUAAUAGCAGUGAUGAUGUAUGCACUGAUUCAGUUAGUUUGCCAUUUGAAAAUGUGACUAAACAAAAAAGGGAAAUACCAGAAAGUCAUGUGAUCUGUAGUAUACCUUGCUCGUUACAUUCAAGAAAACCACCUCUUAAUGAUAUAUUUGACGAGUAUUUACCGCAAGAUGCAGCUUGUAUUGAGCUCUUUGCUCGAAAUCUUAUUCCGAACUGGACUAGUUGGGGUAAUGAGGUUUUAAAGUAUCAACAUGUGGAUUUUUUUCGAUCCCAAAAGAGAUAGAAUCGAGUGUAAAUUUCCGAUGUGUUAGAAACUGAAACUAUUCAAAUCUUCGUCGGAUGUCAUUUUGUUGACUAUUCUUUCUAAAGAAAUGAUUCCCAAAUCCCAAGUUGAAUUUGAUGAAAAUUUUGAGAGUUAACAUAAGCAACGAGCAAUAAAUAUCAUACUAAAGUCUUCGUACAACAUACUUCUGAAAUACCUCUGUGUGGGGAGGGAACUCUGGCUCAACUUAUCCAAGUGUAAGGAAUUUGUUUACCUAUACACUUUGCUAUUUUAACUCAAUCAAAAGCAUAUGGCUUGGAUCAUUUAAAAGUGACAUUAAUCAAUCAUGUACUUAGUUUUCCUGUAUAUAAGGUGGUCUACAAACAAAUAAGAUUGUAUGUCGUCUUUAUGUUUCAUAAAGAUUCAUGUCAACUUACUUAUGAUGAGAAGCCACGGCUACACACUGGUUUUUGUGAAAUUUAAACGAAAAGUGCACUUGCGCAUGCGUCUCCAAUCGGAAACACUUUCUAUAUUUUUCUACGAUGUAAAAGCUCUAUGUAAUUAAGUGUACAAAUAAUCUUACCCAAAUAUACCCAAUGGCAAUAUCCAUAGUUAUAAUAAUCAUAAAUAGCCUUACUGUAUACCUCUUGGUGUUCUGUCGAGUGUUUUUCUCUUUACUCUUUCAUUACCAAUUAAACUUUAAUAUAUUGUCAUGCAUUAUUUGAAA